AUGACUGCACGAGAUGAAAGUACUGUCCCGUUGUCGAGACGUCAACGACUUAUGGGCCUUGCCAGAAAUACAAGAGAUAAUUAUAUUCCGAAGAUCACAGGUUCAGUGAGCUCAUUUGCUUCUGGAGCUUCCCGGGCUUUCACCAAUACCGAUGUGUAUGAUGAGAAUGGACGAAUAUUAUUGCCCAAGGAUUCCACAAUUCAACUAUUCCCCUCGUAUACUAGACACCAGGAUGGGAAAUAUUUUGUUGAUGUUCAAGGCUGGGUUUUCACUCCCGGGGUCAUGAAUAGAAAGAAUCGAGUGGUAUUGUCAGUUGUCAAACAAAUCAUGAAACAAAGAGAAACGUCUAGAGCAGCUUUGAAUAGCAUAGAAAAUGACAGUACUAUGAAACAAGAAGUAUUCAAUCCAGAUUCGGCAAGUUCAGAUACAGAAUCUAUUAUAUCAGUGGACUCUUCUCAUAGUUCAAGAAGUUCUAAUGCAUCACUCAAUCCUGAUGACGUUAUCAAAGAAAGAUUAUCGAGCUUUUUUGCAAGGUCAAUACCAAAUACAGAGUUAUCGAUAACCAUUGGAUCAGAAAGCAAGGUUGACAAUUUGAAGCAGCUAUAUAUUUCAACUGAUGGGUAUGGCCAUUUUGAAACUACCAUUGAAGUGCCGUAUAAGCCGUCAGUUAUCCAAGCAUCAUCGAAAUUAGUUGACACGGUAUUUGCUUUCCAAGAUAUCAAUGUUUAUUCCAAUUCUGGAAUUGGGAUAAUUAGUGAUAUCGAUGAUACAGUUAAAUUAACUGGGGUCAUUGGAGAGAAGAUGGUUUUAUUGAGAAACUUAUUGACUAAUGAGGUCAGUCUGUGGAGUAUACCAGCAGUAAUUAAAUGGUACCAAAAUAUCUACAAACGAGAAAAUGUCAGUUUCUUUUAUGUUUCCAAUUCUCCAUGGCAACUUUAUAAUACUAUAAACGAAUAUUUUCAACACACUGGAUUGCCUCCUGGGUCUGUGCAUUUGAAAAGAUAUAGCGGGAACAUAAUAGCAUCAUUAUUGGAACCUUCAUCGUCAAGAAAAAGAAGAGCCUUGCACAAGAUUUUGCAGGAUUUCCCUGAUAAAAAAUUUGUGUGUAUUGGAGAUUCUGGUGAGCAUGAUUUGGAGGCAUAUGUCGAUUUGGCUAGAAGUUUCCCGAAUAGAAUCUUAUCCAUCAACAUCCGAUAUGUGGAAGACUCCUUUUCUGAUGAUAAUGAUCAGAAAAUUUACAAUGAAGUAAUACGGUUAAUCACUCUCAAACGAAAGGAGAUACCAAAGACAACAGACACCUUGAAACCCAGUGCCAACAAGAAAAGUUUAUCUCCAUCUGCAGAUGAUCAAAUAGAGGAUUUGAUAGAUUUAUCCGAUGCAUCUGUUCAACAGACACCAAAGAAACUCCCGCCUAUGGUUCCGAAAAAGCCAACGAAAUUAAAAGGGCAAAAUAUGACUAGAAAACCACCUCCUCCACCGCCACCUCCUCCAUCACGAAAUAGAGGCAAUACCCUAACUCAUUCAUACACUGAUAGUGUCAUGUUAUCACCCCAUUCAACUACUCAAUCACUGUUGCCAACUUCACCCCCAUCUUCUUCCAACGUUGCUUCGGAUGGUAACUCUAUCGACGAAGAACUACCACCGUUACCCCCUAGACGACAAACUUCCCCUAGUAUUAACUCAAGCACUUCACAUGAUAGUGAAUUAGACAGUAUUUGCAAUUCGCCCGGAUUUAUUGAACUUGAAGAAUACGAUCAAAAAGGUGCUAAUUGGAUUAAACGAAUCAUAUCCUCGAUUCAUCAAUUGGAAAGUGUUGACACGAAACUCAACAUUUUUAAAGAUGACGACGAUGCUUUCUUCAAGAGUUCUUGUAUCGAAUUAGAUGAAUUGAAAAAGUAG